AUGACCUGUGAAGCUUGCCGCACUAUUCCCCCUGUGAUUGCACACGGGUACAAGCCUAGGGGUAAAUACGAAACUCUUGCUGGCCUGAAAACUUAUGUCACUGGAAAGGUCGAUUCUCAAAUUGGUCUGGUGGACUUGUAUGAUGUUUUUGGCUUCGCCAACCAAACUCUGCAAGGUGCAGACCUCCUCGCUCGGCGAUUGAAUGCCGUCGUGUUGAUACCGGAUUUUUUCGAGGGUGAUGCGCUGCCGCAUGAUGUAACCCCUGCGGAUACAGAUACGAAGCAGAAGAUUUUAAAUGAUUUUCGGGCUACUAAAGCGAACGUCCCUCGGAAUGUCGGCGUCCUGAUGAGAGCCGUUGAGGAAUACAAAACCAGAUUUCCGUCAGUUGCCAAAUGGGGUGCAUAUGGCCUGUGCUGGGGUGGAAAGGUAACUGUCCUUGCGUCUGGUGCCGACACACCUUUUGCUGCGACUGGUCAAGUUCACCCAGGGUCCAUGGAUACAGCUGAUGCAAAAGCGCUGACUAUUCCCCAUAUUGUGUUGGCAUCUAAGGAUGAGCCGGCAAUCAUGGUCGGGGAAUAUGCUAGUGUGAUUGCUAAUGGAAAGGGAGGCCUGGUGGAGAUUUACUCAAGCAUGUGGCACGGAUGGAUGGGUGCCCGGGCCAAUCUAGAACGGGAGGAAAGCCGAGCGGAGUAUACUCGUGGAUAUACCCAGCUAGGAGAAUUUUUUGAGAAGCAUCUUUGCUAG